AGCGGAGUCCCGCCCACCUCUGGGCUGACGCGGGCCCGGGGAGGCGGUUACUUGAGUCAUCCACCCGGAAGAUUCGGAGGCCUGCAGAGACCUGGGCUCAGGUUGGAGGCUCAGACUGGGGGGCGGCCGAGGAGGGGGCCGCGGGGCGGGCCGAGGGGAUGCCCCAGGGCACGGGCCUGGGGGUGGGCGCGGCUGUGCUGCUGCUCUCUGCGCUGCUCCUGCAGCACCUGAACCUGGAAGGCCCGGAGGAGGAGCCGCCCGGCUCCAGCAUGGUGGACCCAGAAACCCUGCCAAAGUUUCGGGAAGACUUCAGGAUGCAGAAUAAAUCUGUGUUCAUUCUGGGGGCCUCAGGAGAAACUGGCAAAGUGCUCCUCAGAGAAAUCCUGAAAGAGAACCUGUUUUCUAAGGUCACCCUCAUUGGGCGCAGGAAAAUAGAGUUUGAAGAGGAAGAUUAUAAACAUGUGCAUCAAGAAGUGGUGGAUUUUGAAAAGCUUGACGAAUAUUCCUCAGCUUUCCAAGGCCAUGAUGUUGGAUUUUGUUGUCUCGGGACAACCAGAGGCAAAGCUGGCGCGGAUGGAUUUGUUCGUGUUGACCGGGAUUAUGUGUUGAAGUCUGCAGAACUGGCAAAAGCUGGAGGUUGCAAACAUUUCAACUUACUUUCAUCUAGAGGAGCUGAUAAGUCAAGCAGGUUUUUAUAUUUGCAAAUUAAGGGUGAAGUAGAAGCCAAAAUUGAAGAAUUCAGUUUUGAUCGGUACACAAUUUUUAGACCUGCAAUCCUAUUAUGUGACAGAAAAGAAUCCCGUCCAGCUGAGUGGUUGGCCAGAAAAUUCCUUGGUUCACUACCAACCUCUUGGGCUAAAGAUCAUUCUGUACCUGUUACAACUGUUGUCAGAGCAAUGGUUAAUAACCUAAUAAUGCCAAGUGACAAGAAGUUGGAGUUGCUGGACAACGAAGCUAUCCAUAACCUUGGGAAAGCAGAAGACUUUAACAAGCCACGACCACACUAGGAAAAAUGACUGAUUCUUAUGUCAUAACCAACUUGACAUUGUCCCGAUAGUAGAGAUAUAGAACUAUAUAGUUUACAUAUAAUAUAAUGUAAUGUAAUUUUUUGUAAUGUUUUGAUGGAACAAUUGAUUAAAUAUUGAAUUUGGAGUCCAGAAAACUUGGGUUCAAAUCCUGCUCUAGACACCAUGUAUGUCACCUUGGGUAAAUCACUUGAAUAUCUCUCAGCCCUGGAUUCUUCAUCUGUAAAUGAUUAUUACAAUUAAUAGCACCUGCCUAACAGGGUUGUUGAAAAAAUCAAAUGAAAUAAUAUAUGUAAAGUUUUUUGCAAAUCUGAAAACACUAGGUACAUAUUAGCUAUAUUAUUUAUCUGAAAAAAAGUUAAUUUAUUUUAGUAAUUCCCAACAUUUUUAUUAUUUUUUUUGAGGCAGUUAGGAUUAAGUGACUUGUCUAGGGACACACAGCUAGUAAGUGCCAAGUGUCUGAGGUCACAUUUGAACUCAGGUCCUCCUGACUCUAAGGCUGGUGCUCUAUCUACUGCACCACCUAGUUACCGCCACCCUCCCUUUUGGAGGCAAUCUGGUUUACCCAGCUUUUUUAUGUGUCAGAUUUCAUGGAUCUGACCCACAUAUUAUACUUGUGGCAUCAACUAUUGAGAAAAUAUCUAAUCAAAAAAAUCUACUAGGAAUUCAGUGAUACUUUUAAAUGAUUUCAUAUUUUUAUUAAUAAUAGCAUCUAUAUAGUUUUUUUAAAUAGCAAUUUAUAUGUGUGUGAAACAUUUGAUCUAUGGAGGACGGUUUAUUUAUUUAUAGCUUCCGCAUAUUAAUUCCUUUACCCUUUGAAUGACUCUGUGGUCUUUUGAGGGCCUGCGGUUGAGAAUCAGUGAUCUAGUUAAAACCAUGUGGUCUUCUCCUCAAUCCAUUAGAACCCCAAAUAGUUCUAUUACAUGUUAGUUCUGGUUCAUUUUCCUAAUACAUUGUAAGUCCUACUUGUCCUAUGCAAAGUACUCCUUCAUCAGUUACAAGUUUGUUUAAAAAAGAUAAGUUUGGGGGCUUUUUUCUCAAAGAAUGGAAGCAUGGUUAUAGUGAUCCAAUUGGUACAGAUCGUAGCGGUUGUGCCUUACUGUAUGUACAUGGUGGUUUCAAUGAGUCCUGUGCCUUUACUAAUUAUCUAUAAUGAACAAUUAAAAGGGAAUUUCUCUAA